AGGGAGACCUGGUAUCAAGAUGAAAGCUGAGAAUGAGGGCGACAGAAGAGGGCACAAGAGAAGUAGUCAUUCUGCAACUCAAAAGAAAGGAAGAGGGAAGCAGGUGAUGCCCAGUCUCCAGUCCAGUGAGCUGACAGAGCAGCUCACCAGCGGGAGCUACAGUUGCAUGGUGUGUUGUGACAGAGUCCGGGACAGGGACGCCGUGUGGAGCUGUAAGGAGUGCCACCAUGUUUUCCACCUGGGCUGUAUCGGGAAAUGGGCCGCCGCCCCCGCGUCACUCGUCAGCGAGAAAGAACCGAGUGAAGGUUGGCGCUGCCCUGCCUGCCAGAACCCCUCGGACGUGGUACCCACCGUUUACAAGUGCUACUGUGGAAAACUCAUUAACCCUCGGCCGAGGGCCAGGGGGGAGCUGACCGUCCCGCACAGCUGCGGAGAGCUGUGUGGGCGGAGUCUCGCCAGGAACCCCCUGUCGUCAUGCCAACACAAGUGCCAGCUACUCUGCCACCCAGGUCCUUGUCCGCCAUGUCCUGUGACGGUAAAUAGAUCAUGUCCGUGUGGAAGACAGAAAUAUCAGGUGAGAUGUAGUAAGGGAGAGGAGCUGCCGUCGUGCGGUUCCGAAUGUGGACGAAGAUUGAAAUGUGGAAGACACCACUGUACGCAGUCAUGUCACUCAGGGUCGUGUGGAGAUUGUACGAUGAUGCUGACUCAGCACUGCCACUGUGGGCGGAGUCAUCGUGAGGUGGUGUGUGGGGAGACUGGGGAGGAGGGGGAGGAGGAGAGAUACGGGUGCUCCCUCGUCUGUGGAAGAGAACUAAACUGUGGGAACCACCUGUGUGAGCUGAGCUGCCACCCCGCCCCCUGUCCCCCAUGUCCCCUCCUCCCCGCACACGUCACCGCCUGCCCCUGCGGUGCCACGCCCCUCUCCGCCCUCCUGUCUCCGGACCAGUCCAGGACCUCCUGUCUCGAUCCCGUUCCAACCUGCAACCGCUCCUGUGGUAGAGUCCUCCCCUGCUCCACUAAAGCCGAGCCUCAUUUUUGUCCGGCCGGGUGUCACGAGGGUCCGUGCCCCCGCUGCGAGAAGUCCCGCCUGGUGCGGUGUCGAUGUGGGAGGGGCAGCACGCGAGUGGAGUGCCAGAAUCUGGAGGGAAUCGGGGAUUUCGUCUGCGACAAGCCGUGCAACAAGAUGAAGAGCUGCGGUCGCCACAGAUGUAACACUCGCUGCUGCAUGGAUGCUAAUCACCAGUGUACCUUGGUGUGCGGUAAGAGACUGCGUUGUGGGAUCCACAACUGCAUGGAGCAGUGCCAUCGAGGACACUGCGAACAAUGCUGGGAGUAUAGCUACGAGGAACUGACGUGCCACUGUGGAGCCGAGAUCCUCUACCCCCCGCUACCCUGUGGUACGAGGCCUCCCACCUGCAAGAGGGUCUGCGCCCGCAUGCACUCCUGUGACCACAACGUUUUCCACUCCUGCCAUAACGAAGAGGAGUGUCCCCCCUGUACCGUCCUCACCGUCAAGAUGUGUAUGGGGGAGCACGAGGUAAUGUAAUGAUGUCAUUGUUUCCACUCGCUUUGAGGAGCACGAGGUAAUGUAAUGAUGUCAUUGUUUCCACUCGCUUUGAGGAGCACGAGGUAAUGUAAUGAUGUAAUUGUUUCCACUCGCUUUGAAAUGUAUGGGGGAGCACGAGGUAAUGUAAUGAUGUCAUUGUUUCCACUCGCUUUGAAAUGUAUGGAGGAGCACGAGGUAAUGUAAUGAUGUCAUUGUUUCCACUCACUUUGAAAUGUAUGGAGGAGCACGAGAUAAUGUGCUAAAGUAAUAAUGUCAUUGUUAAAUGUAUGGGGAAGCACGAGGUAGUACGUCGUAACAAUAACAUGUAGCUUCUUUAAUGUUCUUCUUCAUCCUUUCUCACUCUUUCAAACUCUUGGCCCUUUUUUCGUAGCGUUUUGCCAACACAUGUUUGUUCAUUAAGUUCUUGCACUGCUAUAUACAUUUUUACUGUACUUGCCUUUCAAACUGCUCCUAAAUUUCUGCAGCUAAGAAAGAAAUGUUCUCCCUCUCUCUCUUUCAUUCCCCCUCCCCUCCUGCUCUAGAAACGCUACAACAUACCGUGUCACAUAGCCGACGUGUCGUGCGGCAUGCCGUGCGGGAAGGACCUCCCGUGCGGGAGACACAAGUGCCUCAAGCUCUGUCAUCGAGGUGCGUGCACGGACAGUCUGGCCCAGCAGUGCAGACAGCCGUGUCAGACCCCUCGCAAGUACUGUAGUCACGUGUGUGGAGAGACGUGCCAUGUUGGGUCUGAGUGCCCCGACAUCCCUUGCAAGGCCGAGGUGGUGUUGACGUGCAAGUGUGGCAGAAUGAAAGAGAGAGUUCUGUGUGGAGCUAGCAGCUCUGGAAUCAUGCAGCAAGCCUUCCACAAGUGAGCUCAUAAGGGGUUAAUUUAGAAAUGAUAAGGCCCGGUGCAAGAACGUAAUCGUGUUUCUGUUUUUAGUAAAAAUUUUGCCUUCCCUUCAGUACAGUGGAAAUAUUUGCUAACAAAUAGCCUAUCGGUUGUCUAGAUAUGGAAAACACUAGUGCAAUUCAGAUGAUUUAGUUAAGCGCAUUUCAUUCGCCAAUUUGUCGAACCUCUUGAUCUCAGGAUCUUGAGCAAGGACCUGGGGGCCAAGAUCAGGGACCUACAGAGUGGGCACUCUGUCUCUCUCGGUCGCGUCUCCCUCGCCAGUCUCAGUCGAGACAAGGACAGCCUCGACUGCGACGAAGUCUGCGCUCAGAUCGAGAGGAACAGGACUCUGGCCGAGGCCCUCGGGAUAACCAGCCCUGUUUUGGAUCCCCUCGAGUCUCCUCUGCCGAAAUACCCCUCCACACUGCUGGACCAGGCCAGGAGAGAUACGGCAGUUGCAGCCUCCUUAGAGGAAGAACUGAAAUCAUUCGUAGACUCAGUUAUGAAGUCCCAGGGACCAGGUGACCAGGCGCGACGUCACAAGUUCCAGCCAAUGGCAAACCACGAGAGAAGAAUGGUCCACGAGUUAGCUCCUCACUACGGCUGUGACAGCCUCAGCUACGACUCUGAGCCACUCAGACACGUCACCGUCAGCACCAAGAAAUGUCGUGCCAAAUUCCCGACCUUGUCUCUCAUGAAAAUGCUUGACAAAGAGAGACUGAAAGUGGCCACACCCACUCCAGUCAAUCUCCCCUCAGAGAGGGGGUCGUCCCCCGGUAAAAUUUCGGGCCCCCUGGAAAUUGAGAGGACCAAGACCCCUGCAGUGAGGGAACCUGUGACUGAUUAUUUUGCCGACAAUUUGAGUUGACCUAGACAUUAUGGCCACUUUCAAAUUUAUAGCUGUAUAAUAUAUGUGCAUUAUAAUAUUUAUAGUGGGAAUUUUGGGGAAGUUUUGAUUUCUUGAACUACU